CCUUCCCCUGCGUCUGCCACUUUGUACAAGACAGCAUUACGAGCGCGACAGGCAAGCCCGAGACGAACGAAGCCGGCAAGAUUUCGGAGGAAAGCUUGGGAGAUCCCUCCGCUGGGGGCUGUGAUCAAAACAAACACAAAAUGAGAAAUAAAGCUCGUCCGCUCCAGCGCGACAGGACGGUCACACUGCUAGCCGAGGACUCGCAGUCUCCUUUUGCGCCGACAACCGAGAACAUCGACCAGCCUAUCCACGACAACAUCGCCUUCCCGGCGUCUAUCCCGUUUCCCUCGCCCUUCGCCCUGUCCCCGGACCUCUACCAGACAUUCCACUUUGCCCCGCGCAUGCAGGAGCAGCCCUUUUUCGCGCUGCAACAGCCGUUUUUCCCGACGCACGACGCCCACGGACAGUUUGCCUUCCCACACGCGCAGUUCGCCUUCCAGCAGCAGAUGCAGCCGCCGCCGCAGAUGCAGCAACCGCAAGCUGAGCACAUUCCGGGCAAGGGCGACUACGAACUGCUCAAGCAGGUCAAGGACGCCAUCCUCAGCGGGCAGCAUGAACACUACAAGCCGCUUCCGAAACCCGCUGCUCUCGCCGACCUCUACAUGGGCCAGCUUCCGGCCGACCUGACUGCUCGACUGCAGGCGUCUACCAACCGCAGCUCGAUCUCAUCGCAGGCUACGGAGCCCUUGACACCGACAACGGCAACGUCGGCGACGACGAAUAUGGACACCAACGGAAUGUCCCAGGACCAUAUCGACGAGCCAAGUCAUCCACCGCCUCGCUUGCAAAACAAGGAGCAGCAGAGGAGGCCAUCGGCGGCUACUGCAACGCCAACAACCCAUACGGCCCCGGCCAAUGCCAAUGGUGCUUCUGCUCCUCAUACUAAUGGUGUCAAAGCUUCUGGCUCAAUGGUAUCGGAACCUGAGAGACCUGCGUCGCACAAGCCCCCUCCAUCCCGACCCGUCGACAAUCCCUCCCCCGUCAAGACCGAGCCUAUCGAUCCGAAGGCAGUGCCUCCCCCUCCUCGCGUUCCCAACGGUACUUCUGGAGCUAUUGAAAAGGACCCCCGCCAUGCGGCGGUCAAGGCCGAUGCCGCCGCGAGACUUGCUCGUGAAGACGCGGAAAGAGACCGCAAUCGCGAAAGGGAUAGAUCUCUCGAGCGCCAGAGGGAACGUCGUGACAGCCUCUCGAGACCUGAUUACCGUGACCGCCGCUUGUCCGAUGCUCGACGUCCUGUGCCCGGUGACCGUCAUUAUGAACCCAGCAGCUACGACCGGCCUCUUCCGCCUCGCGAAGAGUUCAGGCCUCGUGUUGACGAUCGCCGGCCGCCUCCCAGGGACCCUCCUGCCACCUAUGAACGGGCUUCUAGUGCUGCCCCACGUCCUCUUGCUGCCCGUAUUGCUCCGGUUGACUCCAAAGUUGGUCUCACGGAAAGUAAGAGUUUGUCCGCUCUUGGUGAUGCUCGACCAACUACUGCGGUGCCUCGUACUGUUGACCCUGUCCCGGGGGUCCGUCCUGCUGAGCCCCCUCGCCCGCUGGAGGACCGCAUCGGGCCCCCUCCUUCGUCUGGUAGGCCCUUGCAUGAGCGUAUUGGACCUGCUGCUGGUUCGGGGAAGCCUAUUUUGGAAUCCCGCAUCUCUGACCCGAUUUCGCCGACAAGUCGGCCUUCGAAUGCGAGCGCUUCGGACCGUGGUCGACCCGUGGCUCCCGUGGCUGAUCAUGAUCGCUCCUAUAGGCCCAGUAGCCCUGCCCGCGCUGUCUAUCCCCCUCGUGCUGCUUCUGUUCACCCUCGAGACGAUGCCAGACCUGCACGGGGCUCUUCGCCUAUCCGUCCACGUGACACACGCCCGACGGAGCUCAAGCCCAGUACGUAUCGCCCUGGGGAAGACGACCGAUACGACCGCAGGCGGGACUCCAUGGACGUCGACCGCUCGCUACCGAGGACGAUCUACGACCGAACAUUUUCCCCGCCCACGCCAGCGCAGCUGGCCCUCGACCAGGAGCGCGCCCGCCGGAGCCAUUACGCGCCCCCUGCCUCACCCCCUCCGCCCCCUCGGGCUCGCGUCGCAAGCGACGCCGCGUACGACAGCGAGCGCCGGUACCCGCCCGCGACGCGCGACUACUACGCCUACGACCGCGAGCGCGUGCGCGAGCUCGACGACGAGCUGUACAAGCGGCGCGAACGCGACCGCUACGAGCGCGAGCGGGACCUCAUACCGCCGUCGCGCGCGCUGUGGGAGGAGCGCGAGCGGGAGCGCUCCCCGCCGCGCAGCGUGUUCGACACGGUGCGCCCGCCGCUGAGCGCGAGGAUCACGGAUAGCUACGGUGCGCCGGUGGAUGAUCGAUACCUCGACCGGCGGUACGACUCGGGGUCCGUGCGUCCGGCGUCACCACCGUAUACGGGGCGUGUGCGCCCUCGGAGCCCGAGUCCAAUGGGUCGUCGUGCGGGCGAACCGCCCGAGAAGCGGCGGAGGGAAGAAUUGUAUGCGAGCGAGUAUCUGGGGAGCCGGGCUGAGUAUGCGCCGCCACCGAGGGCGGCCUCGCCGCCGAGAUACUACGAUGCACCGGGGUCGUCCGCCGCUGCAGUGGCGAGGGACUACGAUAGGGACUACCCACGGUCGUCUGCAUACCGUGCGCCGUCGCCGCCGCCCAGAUCGGGGUCAGCUGCGUACUUGCCUCGCUAUCGCGACGAGGACAGGCGCUACCCACCGCGUUGAGGUCAUGACAGCAACCGCGACGCAAGGGACUUGAAAGUGAUCUAUCGACUCGGUAAUAGUUAUGCUUGAAUCAAUCUAUGCCAAUAAUCU